UAGUGUCGUCCAAUGAAAUCGGCGUUACUGCUUAGGCGGCAUCCAAUGAGAACAUAUUGGCGGGGCAGUGCGACUUGAAGUUUAUAUAAGCGUGUUAAAAACGUCACUGUUGGCAUUCAGUAUCUGAAAAUGGCUCGUACUAAGCAGACUGCACGUAAAUCUACCGGAGGUAAGGCUCCAAGGAAGCAGUUGGCCACCAAGGCAGCUCGUAAGAGUGCCCCGGCCACCGGAGGUGUGAAGAAACCUCACAGGUACAGGCCCGGAACCGUCGCUCUCCGUGAGAUCCGUCGUUACCAGAAGAGUACCGAGCUCCUCAUCAUGGAAGCUGCCCUUCAGCGGUUGGUGCGCGAGAUCGCCCAGGACUUCAAGACCGACCUCCGUUUCCAGUCGUCCGCCGUUAUGGCACUGCAGGAGGCUAGCGAGGCUUACCUGGUUGGACUUUUCGAAGACAACCCCAACCUGUGUGCCAUCCACGCCCAGCGUGUCACCAUCAUGCCAAAGGACAUCCAGCUGGCUCGUCGUAUCCGAGGAGAGCGUGCCUAAACUGGGUAUUUACUUCCCCCCAAAAACAAAACCAACGGCCC